UGAGUGUGUGUGUGAGAGAGUGGAAAAGCACUGGUAGUUUGCAGGCAGUCAAUAGCAGCAGCAGUAGAGAAACGUUGGAUAAAUCUAACCAAACAUUGCACAUAUACAUAGACACACACACACACACACACAAUGUUUUUAUUAUUAUUAUGUGAUGUUAUUGUUGUGUCAACGCUGUUGUGUCGCUAAUACAGUAUAUAUGAUAUAUAAAGUAUAGUAUAGUUGACAGUCAUUCAGUCAUCAAUACAUUGUUUUGGACAGUCAUUUACACGUUUAUAUUAUAUAUGACAUUACAUAUGACUACUACUACUACUACUAAACCCAUUGACUAUUAUUAGUAGUACUGGUAUUAAUGGCAGACAUGAGUAGCGCGCGUAACACUAGACGACUGUUUCCAUUGAAGACCGUCGGCGAUGUGUGCGAACUAUUUCGGUCACAACUGAGACCCGAUCGUCGGCCAAAUUUGGCACAGUUGUCACUAGUGACCGGACUGAUUGAAGCCGGACUAACCUGUAAUCGUGACCCGAUUGGCGGCGGCGGCGUCGGCGGCGACGACGAUGACCUAAUGGACAGUGACGGACGUAUUAAGCAUGCGGACGAUCCGUACGGUGUUUCACCGAUUGGUUUCGGCGGCGGCGGUUCUGGACACGUAUCGGCGGCCAGUAUACCCAUACCGCAUAUUACGUGGCCAAUGGUCGACGCGUUGCACCAUAAGUUUGUUACACAAAUUAAAGGAUCGGUAGAUCUGUCUCUAUACCCGAAACGGACGACCAGAGAUUUGAUUAAAAAAAUAUCGGACGUCAUAUGGUCACACUUGUCGCGUACAUACUAUAAGGACAGGGCUCAUCUGCAAACUAUCUACUCCUACCUGACCGGCAACAAACUCGAUUGUUUCGGUGUAGCCUACGCUGUAGUAGCUGCCUGUCAGGUACUGGGUCUCGAUGACGUACAGUUGGCCUUAUCGGAGGAUCACGCAUGGGUUAUAUUCGGUCCCGACGGCGAAACAUGCGAGGUUACCUGGCACGGUAAAGGUAACGAAGAUAAACGCGGCCAACCAGUGGCCACCAAUACCGAUUCGUGGCUGUAUUUGAACGGCCACAGGAUUGUCUGUUCCCGUUAUAUGACAAUUGCUGCACUGGUAUCGGCAAUGAAUCCGUCGAUCAAUGCUACCAACGAAUCGGAAGAGUUGGCCAUUUUACAGAAGGAGUUGCUAUGGUGUCUGUACGAUUACGGCCAUUUGGCCACCUAUCCGAUGGCCAUCGGUAAUCUAGGUGAUCUGGAAGAUAUUUGUCCAUCGCUGACACCGCGCAAGUCGCCCGUCGAACUGUUCUACGAGGCCAUACAAGUGGCCAAACGAGUCUAUGCCGAUCAUCAUGUCUAUCCGUACACCUAUCUGGCCGGUUAUCUCUACAGAAAUGGCCGCUUUAAGGAGGCUCUCAAAUCAUGGGCUGAUGCCGCACAAGUAGUCAAACAAUACAACUAUACCCGAGAUGACGAAGAGAUCUACAAAGAGUUUCUGGAAAUAGCCAACGAACUGAUCCCACAUAUGGUUCGUGUAGUGUCGGCCGGCGGUCUGGAGCCGUCGGGAAUGUCGGCCCGUCCGCUACUCCAGGAUCCCGAAUGUUUUGCAUCGUUACUGCGCUUCUAUGACGGCCUGUGCGGCUGGGAAGAGGGUUCAUCGACACCGGUACUGCAUAUCGGUUGGGCUAAGCCACUGGUGGCAACUAUAUCCAAGUUUCCCCAUUAUAUACGAUCGAAAGUCGAUAUCAAAGCCGAUGAUAAACCGGAAAACGACGAUAGAGUGGACAGCGAUAGUGAUGAUGACAACGAUGACGAUGACGACAAUGAUGUGAUGGACAGGGAUGUCACUAAACAAUCUACAAAACAACAAAUAAGAGAUGAAAGCAACGUAUCGUCGACGACGACGACGACAACUUCGGCGGCGGCGGUGACGACAACAACAACAAAAUCAUGUGAUACUACUACUACUGCUAACAACAACAAUAGUAAACAACAGACAAGUCUUAAACGAAACGGUUCUGUCGAUGAUAGCCAACAGUCUGGACGACUGGUAGACAUCGAUGAAAGUGAUAUCCAAUCGGAUGCAAGUUUAGGUCAAUCGGAGUCGGAACUCAUCAAAUCACUGGUCAAAGACAUGGACGCCACCGGCGAACCCAAUCCGACUAUAGCUGCGUUGGCCGCCGCCUGCAGUGAAAACAUACUGAACCCCCGAUUUCUAUUGGGUCAGGACAUAGAAAAUGCUUUUACAAAUACACCGCCGUCGGGAACGGCUUCGGCACCGACCAGUAGUACCGAAAACAGUGAAUCGUCGACAACGACGACUGCAACUACAACACCGGCAACAGCAGCGACAACAACAGAACCGGCUGUUAAAGUAACGGAACCGUCAAAACAGGUGUCGACUGAUAGCAGCCAGAAAACCGUAGCCAAAGAGGAUAAGCCAUCAGUGAAAACUGGUAGUACAACACAUACCGUCACCAGUGGUGGUGGUCAUCACUACGAGAAGACAUUGGUAACGUUGACGAGUCACAAGUUUGCCGGACUCAAGCACCUGCUGUUGGCCGACAAAUUGAAUACAUCGGCCAUACAGUUACAGUUGACCGCCCAGUCGCAGGUGGACACUAAAAAACGAUACCGACAUUCAGCCACAUUCAAAGGCAGUUUAAUGGGUGGACCGGAGUUUGAUUUUGUGGCCACAACUACCACAACACUGUCGCGCACAAGCAAACGGAUCCGACGCGAGUAAAUAAUAAUAAUAAUAAUAAAACUACCUGUCCUUCAUCAUCAAACAUGCUGUAACCAAUAUCAUCUCAUAACGUGUUGUGACCACUUGAUGCCCGCCCUUCCAACCCAACCAGUGCGCCCCCCACCAGCGAUACCAGAUCGGCACCCGAUAUAUAACUACGUAUAUAUAUAUUU